AUGAAGAAGAAGCGAAAAGUCAGGAAGCAUGUUGAUCCUUACCGAGCGGCGCAGGCGAAGCAACGAAGAGCUGCAAACGUGGCGCGCCAGGAGCUAUUACGCAAAGAGCGAGACGCUGGUAUUGGUGACCCCGUUCAAUCCCGCUCAACGCCUUUCAUCGAGUCGCUCAAACCAAACGCUCCGAUCGAAACGCUGAAACAAUCAUACAUGAACUAUUUUGUCAAGCCCAAUGAGAUGGCACAGUCCAUCGAACGUUCAAAAUGGCUGUCCGAACCCUUGCAAACUGUGAAGGAUGAAUUUCGGUACGCAGCGGACAAGGAGAAGCAUGAACGGGACCAUGAAAACGCCGUGAAGGCGAUGCAGUCGAUAGCCAGCCUUGAGAACGCCAGCAGCAAGGACAGGACCAGAAUCAACAUAAAUCGAUGCAUCGAGGAAUUUGGCCGACAUAAGACCGAUGAAACCCUUCCUCCCAAGCCUGAGAGCUCCCAGCAACCCAAUCUUGCCGACAUCGAAGGCUUUGCCGCGGUUCCCAAACGCAGUGGCCCUGAUACGGGAUCUCCAGAAGUUCAAGUCGCCAUCCUCACAGCCAAGAUCAACGUCCUUGCCGAAAACCUGUACAAGAAGGACAAGAACAACAAGCGGAACCUGCGAUUACUGGUUCACCGGAGACAGAAGCAUCUCGCAUAUCUAAGGAGACAAGAUCGUGGAGGGCCGCGAUGGCAAAAUCUUGUCGAAAAAUUAGGCAUCAACGAUGCCAUGUGGAAAGGCGAGAUCAGCUUGUAA